AUGGCCGGACCAACGGCGCUGCCCUUGCCGGGACCUGGCUUCGAGGCGCGCAAGAGCAAAAUCUUGGAGCAGCUGGCGGUGCCGGACGCCGAGUACUCGGACGCAUCCCCCAAGGGCACCGUCGACGUGGGCAUCCGUCCGCUGCUGGCCAAGGUCAACGCGACGACAGGCUUCGUGACAACGAGCAGCUGCGCGGGGCGCGUGAGCGUCUUUGUGGAGGGGCGCAAGACGGCGACCGCGCAACAGCAGGCGGAAAGCGGCGCUGAUGACGAUGAUGCGGGGGCCGAGGAUAAUGUCGAUGGGCCGCUGGGGAUGGUGCAGCCGGCGAGCACGCAGACGGUAGCAGGCCUGGGGGGCAAGGGCGGUGGUGGAACGUGGUUGUACGUCUCGCAUGAUCCGCAUCCGCUGGUCGGACAGGGCGUCGUGGUGGACUGGGUAAAGGAGCUGGGCAUUUCGGCGGGGCAGGGUGAUUAUGCGUCGUUGUUGGAUACUACGGGUGGCUCUGGUGAUGGCAGUGGUAGUGAUUCUGAGCGCAGACUUAUUCACUUCAAGUUUGAACCCAUGAUUCUACAUGUCCUCACAGCCUCUCACGCCCAUGCGCAGCUCCUCCUCCGCUGCGCCCUCCACGCCGGCUUUCGCGAGUCCGGCGCCGUCAGCCUCCUCUCCUCCAGCACCGAGCCCGCCAUGCCCAUAGUCGCCGUCCGAUCCAUGGGCCUGAGCUUCGAGUCGCUGCUCGGCUACGCCGAAGAAGACGGCCGGCGGCGGCGGCUCACUGUGUCGCCGGGCUACCUCGACAUGCUGAUGGCCAUUGGCCACGAGCGCUUCGCCGAGAACGCGAAGCGCAUACGGCGGUUCGAGGCGGCGUUUGAAGAGGCCACGCGGGCGCCGGGGCCGAGAAGGAACGCGGACGGGGAGGAGUGGGAGGAUGCGGCAGCGCGGCGCGAGAGGAUGCGCGCAGAAGGGCUGCGGCGAAAGGCGGCGAGGCAGGCGGAGGGCAAGGCGGAAGAGAGGCAGGCGGAUAUAAAUCUGACCGACACAAUGAUGGAAUGA